AUGUGGCCAGCCAAAGUAGCCAAUAAAUAUCUGUGGACACAAUUCAGGUUGACAGAUAUGGCGCGAACACACGAUAAAAGAUCUCAUAACUUUCUCACCAACCUUAUUAGUUCUUUUUCUCUUUUUUUCUUUUUCUUUCUUUAUUUUUCUGAUUUCCUUUCUGCGUUUCCUUUACUAAUUUUUCUUUCUUUCUUUUUUUCUUCAUUUUUCUUUUUAUCUUUUCUUUUUUCUCUCAUUCUUUCUUUCUUUUCAUUCUUUUCCCUUUUCCUCUACUUCUUUCUUUCUUCUUUCUUUUUCUCUUGCUUUUUUCUUUCCCUUAAUAUUUCUUUUUACUUUUCUUCUUUUUUAUUUUCUUUGUCUUUUCUUUUUCAUUCAUUCUUUCUUAUUUUUUUUUAUUUCCUUUUUUAUUCUUUCUUUCUUGCUUACUUUCUUUUCUUCACUCUAUUUUUUCUAUUAAUUUCUUUCUCUUUUCUUUCAUUUAUCUCUUUUUCUUUCCUCUUUUUCUGCUCGUCUUUUCUUACUUUCUUUUCUCUUUCUUUUUAUCUUUUCUCCUUUUCUUUCUUUCUUUUUUCUCCCCUUUUCGUUUUCUCCCUUUUCCUCCUUUCUCCCAUUUCCUUGUUUAAUUUCUUCCAUUUCUUUCUUUUUAUUCUUUGGUGGCAAUUUACCACCCACCAUCAUCUAUUUUUCACUUCUUCAUUCGUUUUUAAUUUUCUCGCUGUCUCUUUUCCCACACUCUUUAUUUUCUACCUGAAACCUUCUCUCUCUCUCUCUCUCUUUCUCUCUCUCUCUCUCUUCACACUUUCUUCUCUUCACCACCUUCAGUUCGUCCCUCCAUUACACCCACCGCCCUCACUUCCCACACCCUGCCAAUCUGUUGCUAAAUUCAUGAGAACUGGUCUUAUCUAUCUCAUUCGUGAUCUAUGUCCGUAUCUAUCUAUCUGA